GGGUGAGGCAGCAUGUGAGUCUUUUCUUAAUGUAGAUUGAGACAUUUAAAGGAUUGUUUUUAUGCAUGUAAGCUCGCAACAAGAGGAAGCACUUGAAAUGGACUGCCACUUUUAGUUAAAAUGUCCUUUUUUAUUGGACACAGUUGAUGAUAGAUUACCUAGAGGAAAACACAAUGGCUCAAAUGGACUCAGAGUUUGGUGUGAAGGGCAGCAGCAUCAUCAGGGAAUGGAGUGGACAGGUCCAGCCUGCUCUUGUCGCCUCCUUAGUGUUCCUCUUCUGCCUGGAAGCCUGUCUGUGGGUCAGGAACUUCAGGCUCAAGAAAAGACUGCCUGGACCCUUCGCCUGGCCGGUGGUGGGCAACGCCAUGCAGCUGGGCCAGAUGCCUCACAUCACCUUCGCCAAGCUUGCCAAAAAAUACGGCAACGUGUACCAGAUACGGCUGGGCUGCAGUGACGUUGUGGUUCUGAAUGGAGACAGGGCAAUACGUGAGGCUCUCGUACAGCACAGCACAGAGUUUGCAGGCAAACCAAACUUUGUCUCUUUUCAGGCUAUUUCAGGGGGGAAAAGUAUGACUUUCUCCAAUUACAGCAAACAGUGGAAGAUCCACAGGAAAAUUGCUCAAUCAACGAUCAGAGCAUUCUCCUCUGCCAACAACCAGACCAAAAAAGCCUUUGAGCAGCAAAUUGUGGCUGAAGCCACAGAGCUAGUGGAGAUUUUCCUUAAACUCGGUGCUCAGGGCCAGUAUUUCAACCCCGCUCAGGAGCUGACAGCCAAUGUGAUUUGUGCCUUGUGCUUUGGAAAACGUUAUGGACAUGAUGACGUUGAGUUCAGAUCCUUGUUACAGAGGGUAGAAGACUUUGGAAAGACAGUAGGAGCUGGCAGCUUGGUAGAUGUGAUGCUAUGGCUUCAGUCUUUCCCUAAUCCAGUCCGCAGCAUGUUUAAGAACUUCACAGACUUGAAUAAAGAGUUUUUUGGGUUUAUCCAGAACAAGGUGGAUGAGCACAGAGAGACAUUUGAUCCAGAGGUAACAAGGGAUAUGAGUGAUGCCAUCAUUGGCGUGAUUGAUAAGGCUGACAAUGACAAUGGCCUCACCAAAGGUCACACUGAGGGGACGGUGUCGGAUCUGAUUGGCGCAGGUUUGGAUACCGUCUCUACCGCUCUUAACUGGAUUCUCCUUCUGCUGGCUAAACACCCAGACAUGCAAACUAAACUUCACGAGCUUAUUGACAAAGUGGUUGGGCGGGACAGGUUGCCAUCUGUCGAAGACAGAAACAGUCUGACCUACCUGGACGCCUUCAUCUACGAAACCAUGCGCUUCACCAGCUUCGUCCCUAUCACCAUCCCCCACUGCACAACCUCAGACGUCACCAUCGAAGGUCUUCACAUCCCCAAAGACACAGUGGUCUUCGUCAAUCAGUGGUCCAUUAAUCACGACCCCCUGAAGUGGAAGGAUCCACAUAUCUUUGACCCCUUGCGCUUUCUAGAUGAAAAGGGCUGCCUUGACAAGGAUAUCACCAACAAUGUUAUGAUCUUCUCAGCAGGGAAGAGAAGAUGUAUUGGGAACCAGAUUGCCAAAGUUGAGAUAUUUAUGUUCUUUGCAAUCCUACUCCACCAAUGCAGAUUUGAAAAACGUGAUAAUGAUGACCUGUCUUUAAACUGCUCCUAUGGUUUAACACUAAAACCGUUAAACUACAAGAUCACUGCCAAAGUUAGGGGGAAAUAAAACUUGUGAAACUGCUUGUCCAGUUAAGGAAAAACCAAUAUAUAAAUAAGGUAUAAGGUACAAUAUAAGGUACGUGUUCUAAAGAAAUAUAUAUAUUUGCCUUGUAUCAAAAGGACUUUUGUGUUAUAAGCUUUGAUGAACCUAAAUAGGAAAUGAUAAGCUUCCUUACUUCAGCUGCUAAAAUUGUGACAAUAUUGUGUUCUCACUAUUAUCUGGACUUCAAAUGCAAAUGUUAUUCCUCAACUCUUGACUAAAACAAACGAAAUAUAGCUGCCUCAACAUGUAAGAAAAACAAAUAAUGUAAUAAAAGCUUUUGAUGUAUAUGCCCAAAACCUUAAUUCAUAAUAAACCAUGAGUAUGUAUUGUUAUGCAUAUUAUGAGGGUAUUUAGUGGAGUCACCCCAAAUUGCAAUAUAAACCAGUGCUGAGGAAUAAGUUUGACUUUAAGCAUUUAGUUUUUCUCGCUGAUGAUGAAAAAUCCUGUGCCAGCUGUGUGGUCUCUACUGACCAGUAAUUCACCCAGACACUCAUUAAUCUUUCUGUGCAUUGAACCUUCUCAUGUUUGAGUUUAUACAGCGUGCAAGUCAUCUGUGUUGAUGUACUCCAAAAUCAUGCAUUAUAAUGUUGAAUUCUGUUAAAAACUCAUGUCUAAAAGUCACUUAUUUAAUUGUUGGUUAUACUGUCCUCCUUCCUUUACUACACAUAAAAAAUCACUGUGCAACUGGAUUGAUCUGGUGUGAAUAAUAAGCUGUAUAGAAUGGCCAUAUGAUGUAUUAAAAAUAAAUAUAAC